CCUGAACAUCUUCGGUCUGCAAUGAAUUAAGUGUGUUAUUAUGAAUGAAUAGCCAUGUCUAAAACGUAGGCUGUAUCCUAAAUUUAUCAGCGCUUUUUACAUCCCGUGUCACAUACAUUUUUAAAUUUUAGAUGUGGCGCAUCUAAAGACACUGAUUUCAUCUAACUGCUUGAUCCUUUUUGAUAUGAGAAAAAAUUGUGACGUGUAUCCGCGCCAAACUCAAAUGUGUACCUAGUUUAAAAUGCCGGUGUUCAGAUCAGACGGUUUCAGUCUGAUACAACUAGGCAGCUAGUAGCUUUCGUGAUAGCGAGACACUCUUUGUCUGGCUAUUGGCACAUCGUCGGAAUGGAAUGGAUAUAUUCACUAAACGUUUUAAUCUUUCUUUGGAAAGUGGUAAGGAAAUACUUCAUUUUUUUUGUAGUGAAAUAGUUUAAAUGGAUCCGCUACGCGUCAUAUCACCUUCUCUUUAUGUGCUGAAUGUUAAACAUCCUUGUGUUAUUAUUGUCUUAACUUUGGGAUUAGGUUCGGACCUUUUAAAACUUUUGCUGGUUUCUCUGACUGACUAGAUAUAACCUAUUGGUUAAGACUAAAACUGGGGACCCUGGAGACGCACGUGGGUUACAGCCAGCAUCUUUUUAUUUAUUUGUAAACUGUCGGUAGGCCAGAUUUAUUGUAUAUAAGAAUAAACAACUGAAAAUAAUUCUGAAAUCUAUUCUAGGAUAGCCACUCUUUAAGUGAUUAAGCAUAGGCUUUGUAAAGUGCAUUUAGUAGGCGCGUUAAUGACCUCAUUGACUCCGACGUUUUGCACAUACGUUGACGAGGCACCAUAGAAUUAGGUAGACAUGUUAACUAUGUUAAUAUGCACAAUUAUAAAAGAAAAUAAAUAGCUGCAAGCUUAUUUAGAGUCACUUGACCAUGUUUAUGUCUAGGUGAGGUUGGGUUGGGGUGGGGGGUCUACGGAGAGCUUACUGGAAUAAAACCGGCGUUUCCACAGACGAAGGGACUGUCAGGUAAGCAGUUUAAUCGUAAACAGUACCCUUGAAUGUGACGAGCUGUUUUCAGACUAGGUAUCAAUCAGAAUCAACGUUUUACACGUAACACUAGACAGCAACUUCUAAUAACGGUCUGUAUGUAAGGCAUAUUGGUGACUCUUAAAACCACUCUCAACGCGUUUCAGAUAUUACACUGAUGCGAAGUGGACGUCGGGUGUUAUUUUUCUUUUAUUUACAGUCAUUGUAGCUUGAGUCAUGCUAAAGGGAAUGUGCAGCCUCGGUUCAUGAAAUGUGUCAAAGCCUUACUAUCGCGUGAAGGUUCAUUUACGCCCAGUGACUCGCAGGGGUUUCUGACGAAUUCGGUAAUUUAUCAAUUUGAUUAACCUACUUUUUGUGGGCAUGAUUAAGCGACCGCUGUGAUCUUUUUUUCUCUAUCAGCCUUAAUGAGUCAGAGGUAGCCUACACCUACACCUAUUAAGGAUGUGUCAGAACGAUCUCGUGGAAGAUUGGCUUGGUUUGCGAGGCGCUCACUCUAACCAGUGGCCUAUGACUGAGAUGGACAUCCCCAUUGUAGUUUAUGCACUGAAUGUCUUUUUUGUGGAAAGCGGUUCAGCUAACCCAAAACAUAUAAUUUCAAUGUAUUUAGCAUAUUUCCAUAACCCCUCUUUUCUGUAUUACACAGCUACUCUCUAUGUCAGCCAGUUGCCCACAAUGUGGUCCAGGCUCUGGGCAGGAGAGUUGCAAGUGUGUGCCCUGUAAACAGGGAUACUACUCCAAGCAGAGACAUGGUGCAUAUACGUGUGAUACCUGCACAGAUCGCUGUUCUGGUAAGCUGUUUGUCGAAGCGACAAAACACCUUGUACAGAUAAAAGACUGCGGGAUUUCCACCAACCGCGUGUGUCACUGUACUAAAGGCUUCUACUGCCCAGAGCCUCUCAACUACACCUGCUUAUUCAACUGCAAGCCGUGCCCCAGAGGAACGUUCUCCGACGAAGCGUCCCUGGCAGCAUCCUGCAAGCCGCACACCGAUUGUGAUCGUCGAGGACUGGUCACAGUCUCAGAGGGGAAAGCUACUCAGGACCGUGUCUGUGACACUCUACUACAGCCACGCUCAAUGAACACGACCCCAAGAGUGUCCCCCUUGCACGUCUCCCACUCAGCACCAAGCUUUCCCGACAUCACACACAGCUCUCGCCCAGCCACAGAGGACAGUGUAGAGACAACAUACGUCUCUUCCAAAACCGAAGCUGUCCUCUCAGACACCACACGGGACAUUACCCGAACCGGAGACUAUGACUCACACACCACGCAGCACUCCUCUAAAAAAACGGUUGGCCACUCCAGAGUCACACCCCACUUUUCCAGCACCAGUGAUGACCUAUUUGGGACCCCCCCUGUCUCGCCGACCACACCUCCGGGCCCUCCCGACUCUUCUGGUGCCUCUGGUACUUCUGCAGUGAACAGGCCGUUCACUCGCACGAGCGUCCAUGACCUAAGCACCAGACAGUCAGCGAUAGUUGGCAUAGACUCCCAGAGCUCUCAGUGGCUGGUUGUGCUGCUGUUGCUCCUGGCCGUCUCUGUGCUGGUGGGCUGCUUCCUGUGGCUCAAGAGCAAGGCUCUGAAGAAGCAGCUCAAGUGGACUAGGGGUCUGCCAUUUGGGAAAUAUCAGGCAGCAAAGAAGACGUUGGGGGGUUGCAACAUCUGUGUACCCCAACAUCAGCAGGAAGCAGACAUGGGAGGUAACGCGUGUCUGGAGCAGUUGAUACCUCUAACCAGGGACAGUGAGGGCCCAUUGAGAGAGACGGGAGCAGCCGCCCAGCCUCAUCCAGGCCAGGGCAGCAUGCAGCGCAUCACCGUGGACAACAACGGGAAGGGAGAGAGCAUCAGCAACACUGUGGGGUCUAUAUUUAUCUACUCUCCAGGAAUGGUGGUCCUGGGCACCAACGCCCCGGAGCGGAAGGAGGAGGUGCGUCAGGAGGCCGAGGAGCAGCAUCUGGCCUUUGUACCUCAGCAGGAGUCACCCAGCGGCUCCUCCAGCGGCUACUCCAGCGGCUCCUCCAGCUCCUGCCAGGAUUCAGUGGGGCUCAGCACCCAGGAGGAGGACGACGACAAAGAGCUGAGCUACCCCAUCCCAGCCAGCAGCAAAUGAACCAGUGGGUUCCCUGGCACUGGUGGUUUGGGGGGGGGGGUGACAGAGGACUCCCUUAACAGGCUGUGGAAGAUGCUUUGAGUAUAGAAGAGCGGUGUCAUCAGGGUUACAUGAGAGUUUGAAGACAAGUGAGAAGAAAAGGACCUAAAAACCGCACCGGAAAAAAAGAGUGUGCUUGUAUUAUAGCAGAGCCAUUGCUGGAACUGUUCACAUUUGAAGUGUGUGUCACUCGCGUGCAUUGCGUGGGUGGGAGAGAGCACUGAAUUGCCCUCACUAUUCCGGUCAGACUUUCACUUCCUCUUUGACAAGUCCAGAGCACGCAGGGUGAAAAUAACAAAACUCUUGUCUCCUUUUGAGGAGACUGCUAUGAAAUGACAUACCUCUGUAUGAGUGGACAAGACAUUUACUACAUUUUACGGUCAGACAGAGUAGGUGUGUUGACUACAAGAAGUGUCUUGCGUUUUGCCGGUUAGAUGGCUCAUUUCUGAACUACUGCUACACUGGAGAACCAAGUAAUUUACAUACUGUGGGCAGUUCUUUGCACAGGACUAUAUUUACAGUCAGAAAACUGAACGCACCGUUAUUUUUGUGUGUCUGAAUAUGCCUUCAUGUCAAGUGUGUAUUUUUGGUGAAAACGGGAAGAUGCAAGUCUGUUGAGAUAUAAGAGAAGUGUCAUUUGCAGGCAAAUACUUUUGUGGUGCAUUUUGCUGCACCAAGUAAGACUAUACAUUAAAAACUGUGUGUGUGUGUGUGUGUGUGUGUGUGUGUGUGUGUGUGUGUGUGUGUGUGUGUGAGAAAGAGAGAAAGAGACUGAGAGGGGUAAGGGGCACACUUUUAACCACAGGUGAGCACUACUCCAAAGGGCAGGUGCUGAGUGUGUGUAUGGAUGGAUCUAGAAGUGGGCAGGGGUGGGAAGGGCCACCCAAAUUUGUCAACUUUAUUCUGCCUCUUGAAUCUGCCACAUCAAUCACGUUUAUUUCAUUUACCCUGUGAAAAUGUCCCAAACAAACCUGUAAUGUCAAACAUUAUAAUUGCAAGCAGUAUUUAAUGUUAACCAUGGUGAUGUACCUAGAGAUAUUCUGUGCUUGUAAACAGCAAUAUGUGUGUGUGUUCCUUUGUGCACUGGAGUGGUAUUACAGGAAUGGCAACAGGCACACCACUGUAGCACUUCGGCAAGCCGUGUGUGUUCAAUGGGAGCUGAUUCAGCCUGAAACCAUCAUUUUUCACUGUCAUUUUUCUUUACAUGUUCUGUCUUGUUAUUGUAUCUUGUUAUGAUCUUUCUGAUGGUGACACACCAUAUGAGAAAUGUCUUUAAAAAAAAAAAUACUGCAGGAAGAAACAGACUGAGAGGACUUUUCCAAAACUUUUCCCAUGGGCACAGAAUUGGACUGCUAUCACUGCAUUUGCUAUUACAUGUGUACAUAUUGCUAUUAUCUUAUCGUAUUCCAUACAUUUACAGAAUAAGUUUUAUGAAUCAGUUUAAUAAAAAAAAAAUAAACUGUAGGAAUAGUUUAUCUGGUGAA